UCAACAGAAACAAGAUGGCCGCCAGGGCGAUUGGUCGGGCCACAGUCAGAGCUGUCACAUCAAAACGGCUUAUACCUCAACGAGCUCCGCUUGUUUUGACACAAUCUGCUGUCGGCAAGUUGAAACAACUUAUGGAAAACAAGCCAGAAAUGAUGGGCGUGAAGAUAGGAGUGAAGACCCGUGGUUGUAAUGGACUGUCCUACACGCUAGACUAUGUCAGUGAAAAGGGGAAAUUUGAUGAAGAGGUCGUUCAGGAUGGUGUGAAGGUUUACAUCGACUCCAAGGCUCAGCUGACGCUGCUGGGAACUGAGAUGGACUUUAUUGAAUCAAAACUGUCUUCAGAGUUUGUGUUCAACAACCCCAACAUUACAGGGACAUGUGGGUGUGGGGAGAGUUUCAGUAUAUAGUGACGAGGAUGGGUCGUGGAAGGAAGGAGGCCGUGUUCUCAUAUGGCUGGGAUCUCAUUGUGCACUCAAGUCAGCUGCUUGAGGAUUCCUUUGUAAUGUCUUUCUCAAACAGUUGUUCAGCUGGGUGAUAUUAGGUGUGAUUCUUUUGUAUGCCGGGUAAUUACUUCAGUAUUUAAGGGGAAAUAUGUCAGCUUGUGUGAACUGCAACAAAAUAUUAGUAGUUGAGAUAUUACUUCAGCUGUUGAAAUUAGUGUUUUUAGACAGUUUUAGACAACGCCAGUGGACGGACAAGGGUUUUAGCCUGGUCUACUUGAUCCAGACCAAGUGUUUACUAUGUAUACAGUUUCUGUCAGUUUUAUCCAGUUCUUACAUAUUGCAAAACUGAAGCAUUGAGAAUAGCUUCGAAUUAAAGCUCUCAAAUGUUUCUAGUCAUUGUAGACUAUCAAAAAGUACAGUCAUUGGAUUUAUGCUUGACCUCAGUACUGUUAAUUAGUUUCAAACUGGUAUGAAUUUUGAAGGCUGUUCUUUGUUUUGUUAUGAUAACUUGUUCAACCAUAUAUAUGCCAAAGCUAGCAAAACAUUUGUUAAGGAAUUUGAUGUUAAGAUAGUUAUGACAAAUCAGAGUAUGCAUUUAUAUCUAAUCUGAAUGUUCCUUCCACAGUUGCCCACAAACAUGGCUUAAAGAGUAGCCAGAAUGAUUGUGAUGGCGUGAGUUAGUUCAGGUGUGGGCAAGAAUUUUCUGAUGAACACAUAGUAAAUUAUUUCUUUUUUUGUAAAUAUGGAACAUGCAUUUGUGUUUUCUGAAUGCAGAAGCUGUGCAAAGUGUGAAGUAUGAGUUGGCAUGUUGGUACAGAAAGUAGGGUUACUGACAUCACACUUAUAAGGCU